AUGGCAAACAACAAAACAUUAUGUUUUAUAUGUAAUGAAGAAAAAAUUACAUAUCCUUGUAAAGGAUGUUUAAAAGAGUUUUGUUUAAUGGAUUUAACAGAACAUCGUCAAAUAUUAAAUAAUGAAUUACAUCUUAUCAUCAAUGAAUAUAAUGAAUUUAAACAAACAAUGGAUGAACAAAAACAAAAUCCACAAAAUGAUUCACUAAUCAAACAAAUUGAUCAAUGGGAAAUAAAAUCGAUUGAAAUAAUUCAACAAAAGGCACAAGAAUACAGAGAAAUUAUCAUUGAAUCAUCGCAAACAUGUAUUAAUGAUAUUGAAAUGAAACUUAAUGAUUUAAGUGAACAAAUAAAACAGUUUCAAAAAGAAAACGAAUUUAAUGAAAUUAAUUUAAAUUAUUUAAGAAAUCAGUUGAUGAAAAUUGCACAAGAAUUAAAUAAUCCAUCAAAGAUUUCAAUUCAACAAGAUUCACAAUCAUUAAUUAAUGAUAUUUCAGUUAUUUUAUUAAAAAAACCAAAAUGGGACAAAUGGAAACAAAAUGCCAUCACUGUAGCUGGUGGAAAUGGAGAAGGACAACAAUUAAAUCAACUUAAUGGCCCUCUUGGAGUCUUUAUUGAUACAAAGAAAAAUAUUUUCAUUGCUGAUCAUUAUAACCAUCGUAUUGUUGAAUGGAAACAUAAUGCAAAAGAAGGACAAAUCAUUGCAGGUGCAAAUGGGCAAGGACAUCGAAUGGAUCAACUGGAUCGACCAACGGAUGUGAUUGUUGAUCAGCAAAGUCGUUCGACCAUCAUUGCUGAUUUUGGGAACAGACGAGUAAUUCAAUGGUUGAACCAAAACCAACAAAUUCUCAUUCACAAUAUUGACUGUUCUCGUUUGGCAAUGGAUAAACAUGGAUUUCUUUAUGUUAAUGAUUAUAAGAAGAAUGAAGUGAGACGAUGGAAAAUGGGUGAAUACAACAAUGACGGAAUUGUAGUGGCCGGUGGAAAUGGGAAUGGAAAUCAACUUAAUCAACUUAAUAAUCCUACUUAUAUCUUUGUUGAUGGAGAUCAGUCUAUUUAUGUAACAGAUAGAGACAAUGAUCGUGUGAUGAAAUGGAGAAAAGGCGCAGAAGAAGGAAUAGUUGUGGCUGGAGGAAAUGGUAAAGGAGGGAAUCUCAAUCAAUUGUCUUUACCUACAGGAAUGUUUGUAGAUGAUUUGGGUCAAAUCUAUGUGACAGAUGUUGGGAAUGAUCGAGUAACGCGUUGGUGUGAAGGAAAAGAAGAAGGUGAAAUUGUUGUUGGUGGAAAUGGUGAAGGAAAUCAAUCAAAUCAAUUGAAUGGUCCCAUGGAUUUAUCUUUUGAUGAUGAAGAAAAUCUUUAUGUUGCUGAUUACUUUAAUCAUCGAAUUGAAAAAUAUGAAUUAAUUUUGUGA